AAUGCGAAAUGAGGUGGGGGUGUGUUCCCAUCAUUGGUAGACCCCAGACUGCCACAGAGUGUGUGUCUCAGUGUGUGUGUCGUCACUCUUGGGGAGAAAGUGCUGGACGCUGGACUCUGGACUGUUGCUGUGGUGCUGUAUACUUGGAUUACUUGCUUUGCUUCGCUUCUCCUUACUGGAUCCAUACCUGCGUUACCUUCAAGUGUGUGCAUGUUCGUGUGCGUGAAGCGUUGGGCUUUUUGGAGUGUGUGUGACGCACAGCAGAGCUAACAGCAUGCAGCCUGUCUCCAGAACUGGCCACGAGUUUUGUGACCACAGUGUGUGUGAGGGCCAGCUGGAGUUUGUGCAGAUCCUGGUGAUAGUGGUGGUUAUGAUGGUGAUGGUGGUAGUGAUCACCUGCCUGCUCAACCACUACAGACUGUCUGCCUACUCGCUACUCACCAGACACAGCGCUGCACGCAGACAACACCUACCUUUCACCUCAGAUACAAGUCUGUGGCCAUCUGAUGGCGUAGGGCCCUCUAGUGGUGCGAGUGAGCAGCAGGUGAGUGGCUCUCGGCCCCCAGAUCCGGUGGGCUCUCGUGGCGGCGGCGCUGGUGGUGGUGUCGGUGUGGGCGCGGGUCGGUUCCAGCCCACGUGGCCGUACCUGCAGCACUCCAUCAUCGAGCUGCCCCCCACCAUCUCGUUGUCGGACGGCGAGGAGCCGCCGCCCUACCAGGGCCCCUGCACCCUGCAGCUCCGCGACCCCGAGCAGCAGCUGGAGCUCAACCCUGAAGUCGGUCGCCCGCCCGCCAGCACCAUCUCUGGGCCGGGCCCCCUCAUGGGCCCCCUGCCCCCCUCCACCUACAGCAGCAGCAGCAGCAGUGCGGGCUCCGGCUCCGGCUCCAUCUCCAUCUCCGUGGGGGGCUACCCCAACCAGCCGCGCCAGGAGGGGGCUCCCCCAACGUACAGCGAGGCAGUCGGACACUACUACCACCCGUCCCCCCCCAGGCACCUGAGGACGGGCGGUGGGAACCCCACGCCCCUCAUCCAGGUGGUAGAGAACAGGAACGCACGCAACAAGGAGAAGCAGAAGGGACAGCAGGUUUGA